UUCGAGUAAUAACGCGUCGCGCUGUCGUAUUUCUGAUCGUCUAUGAUGCGCGCAAGACGCCAUCCAUAUCCAGGGCGACGUCAUCGCGCCGGCUUCGUCGCUUCUUUUUUCGCCCCCCGCCCCCGAGCCUUCGACACGUCCGGCCCCGCCGCCAGAGCGCACUCGUGCACCGCGAGCGGCAGCCCCGGGAACAGGUGCAGCAGGUACGACGCGAGCAGAUCGCGUCGCUGCUUCCGCGUCAGCCUGCGGUACGCCAUCCCCGGGACGAUGCCGGGCGGAAGGAGCGAGCGCGUCUUCGCUCCGUCGCCGUCGUCAUUUUCGGGGCCCUCCGAUCCGGAUCCGGAUCCCGGGGACCCGGCGAGCGCCGCGGACGCUUCCACGAGCGCAUUCACCAUGGGCUCGAUCUCGUCCCCCGUCGGCGGGUGCUCGUACGCGUUCCUGCAGAACCGAAGGAGGUCCGCGAAGCCGUCGCCGUACGGUUUUCGACCGACGCCGCCGCCGCCGCCGCCGCCGCCGCCGCCGCCGCCGUCCGCCUUCGCGCCGCCGCCCUUCCCUCCCCCGUCGUUCCCCCCGCCCGCGAGCUGCGCGGUCGUCACCCGCGUGCGAAUCACCGGGUCCACGAGCCCUUGCCAGUCCGUCAGGUCCAUGCUCGCGGCCGCCAGCAGCGCGCCGCGCUCGCUGUUCCCGGUGCCCGCGCCGCCGCCGCCGCCGAGAAGCGCGUCCGUGGCGACGUUGGAUAAAAACGUCCCCAUCUCCGUCUGCAUCGACGCCGAGCGCGCGUGCAACGCCACGAGCUCGCGCAUCGCGCGCUCGUCGUCCCAGAACAGCGGAUGCGCGACGACGCCUGCCGCGGACGGGCGCUGA